AUGGGCAUACCAUCCAAAGUUUUCUGGUCCAGCUUGGCUUUAUUGCUGAUCUGUUUUGGGGCCUGUCUGCUGGUCUACAUCAAACCCACCCAGCUUUGGUUUUACCUCAAACUAAGCAAGAAUGAUUCUACAUCAAACCAAGACAUGGUCUUCAGUCAGAAUGAACUCUAUAAUAACCAAAGCAACGUCACCCUCAUACUGGUCUGGCUGAGCCCUUUUGGGACGAGAGUCAACCCAUCAGAUUGUCUGGAUAUGAACAUCUCCAACUGCUACAUCACCAUGGAUCGGAGCACAUACAGUCGGUCCCACGCAGUCAUCUUUCACCACCGAGACAUUUGGUGGAAUCUCAGGAACCUCCCUCAGAAGCCCAGGCCUUUAUUUCAGAAGUGGAUCUGGAUGAACAUGGAGUCGCCCAGCCACUCGCCCCGCAAGCGUGGAUUGAACCACAUCUUCAACCUAACCCUCAAUUACCGCCGGGAUGCCGAUAUUCACGUACCUUACGGCUUGCUCACCUUUAAACCAAACGUCUCUCGGGCAGUGGUGCCCCCGAAAGACAAACUCGUAUGUUGGAUAGUCAGCAACCGGUAUCCCCAGGAGAGAAUUAGAUAUUACAAGGAAUUAAAGAAAUAUAUUAAAAUUCAUACUUAUGGGAAAUUGUUUGGACGCCAUCUGAGCAGGAAGGAAUUCGUGCCCACCAUUUCCUCAUGCAAGUUUUAUUUGGCCUUUGAAAAUUCUAUCUUUAAAGAUUAUAUUACGGAGAAAAUUUACUUCACGUUUUUGGCUGGAUCUGUGCCGGUGGUUCUGGGACCUCCUAGAGAAAAUUACGAGGAUUACGUUCUACCUCAGUCUUUCAUCCACGUGGAUGAUUUCAAGUCACCUAGGAAUCUCUCGGAAUACCUUCUGAUGCUCGACCAAAAUGACACGCUAUAUCUAAGUUACUUUGAGUGGAAGAAGGAUUUUUCGGUCUACCGUCCUCAUUUCUGGAAAUCACACUUCUGCCUGGCUUGUGACUAUAUCCAGAAACACCCAGAAUAUAAAUCUGUCGGAAAUCUAGAAAAAUGGUUUUGGAAUAAUAGUUGCGAUUUUUUUCCUGCACGUUAA